CUUCCUCGCCCCGCCCCUCGGCCCUGCCCCGCCCCUCGACCGGGCCCCGCCCCGCCCCUCGGCCGAUCCCCAGGGUUUCCUUAGACUCACCGCGGCGGGGAGACUGUGCGGUGUCCGCCUUCCCGUUCCUUACGGAGUGACUCCCAUCCCUGUGGCCGAGCGCUCGAGAGAUGGCUGCCCAGUGCGUCACAAAGGUGGAGCUGAAUAUUUCCUGUGACAAUCUUUUGGAUAAAGACAUAGGGUCAAAGUCAGACCCUUUAUGUGUGUUAUUUUUGAAUACCAGCGGUCAACAGUGGUAUGAGGUUGAGCGCACAGAGAGGAUUAAGAAUUGCUUGAAUCCCAAGUUCUCCAAGACAUUUAUUAUUGAUUACUACUUUGAAGUGGUUCAGAAAUUGAAAUUUGGGAUUUAUGACAUCGACAACAAAACCAUCGAGCUGAGCGAUGAUGACUUCUUAGGAGAAUGUGAAUGUACCCUUGGACAAAUUGUUUCCAGUAAGAAGCUAACUCGACCACUGGCGCUUAAAAAUGGCAGACCUGCAGGGAGAGGGAGCAUUACGAUUUCAGCUGAAGAAAUAAAGGAUAACAGAAUUGUCUUGUUUGAAAUGGAAGCAAGAAAACUGGAUAAUAAGGAUCUAUUUGGAAAGUCAGAUCCUUACCUAGAAUUCCACAAGCAGACAUCUGAUGGAAACUGGCUCAUGGUUCAUCGAACGGAGGUUGUUAAAAACAACUUGAAUCCUGUUUGGAGGCCUUUUAAGAUCUCUCUUAACUCUCUGUGCUAUGGAGAUAUGGAUAAAACUAUUAAGGUAGAGUGUUAUGAUUAUGACAACGAUGGGUCACAUGAUCUCAUUGGAACAUUUCAAACCACAAUGACAAAACUGAAGGAAGCCUCCAGAAACUCACCUGUUGAAUUCGAAUGCAUAAAUGAAAAAAAGAGGCAAAAGAAGAAAAGCUACAAGAAUUCAGGGGUUAUCACUGUGAAGCAGUGUGAGAUUACAGUGGAAUGUACAUUCCUUGACUAUAUCAUGGGAGGCUGCCAGCUGAAUUUUACUGUGGGAGUGGACUUCACUGGCUCCAAUGGUGAUCCGAGUUCUCCCAACUCCCUUCAUUACAUCAGCCCCAGUGGUGUAAAUGAGUAUUUGACUGCAAUCUGGUCUGUGGGACUGGUCAUUCAAGACUACGAUGCUGAUAAGAUGUUUCCAGCUUUUGGCUUUGGAGCACAGGUCCCACCUCAGUGGCAGGUUUCUCAUGAAUUUCCAAUAAACUUUAAUCCAUCCAAUCCCUACUGUAAUGGAGUCCAGGGCAUUAUAGAGGCAUAUCGGGCCUGCCUUCCUCAGAUAAGACUCUAUGGACCGACUAAUUUUUCUCCAAUCAUAAAUCACGUGGCCAGAUUUGCUGCUGCAGCCACACAGCAACGGACAGCUUCUCAAUAUUUUGUGCUCCUGAUCAUUACUGACGGCGUGAUCACAGACCUCAAUGAGACCAGACAGGCUAUUGUUAACGCUGCCAAGCUGCCCAUGUCCAUCAUCAUUGUCGGCGUUGGAGGCGCGGACUUUGGCGCCAUGGAGUUUCUAGAUGGUGAUGGCGGAAGCCUCCGCUCCCCGUCGGGCGAAGUAGCCGUCAGGGACAUUGUCCAGUUUGUGCCUUUCAGGCAGUUCCAGAACGCUCCAAAAGAAGCACUUGCUCAAAGCGUCUUGGCGGAGGUCCCCCAGCAGGUGGUGGGCUACUUCAACACAUACAAACUCCUUCCUCCCAAGAACCCGGCUACGAAAUGAGAGGCGCUCUGGCUGUCGGAGCAGGAUUCCUUUGUGCUGUGUGGAGCAACAGAUUUCUCUCCAUCCCAAAUCGUGAAUCUGUCAUCUUACACCCUUCUCGCAAACCCCACCAUUUACGAUGCAAACCUAGUUCUCUAUGGAGUAUGUCUAUUUAAAGCAUUCUUUUUAUACGUUUUUUGGAGGAAAGUGCUAACUUAGUCUUUGCCCAAUCAACUCAGUGAUUGCUAGUGAUUUACAGUAAUUGCGGUGAGGCUAUUUGGAUUAGAAACCGGUGUGAGAAAAGUAAAGGUUCUUGUUGUUUGCUUUCAUAUGAUGAAAAUGCUGUUUCUGAAUGUUUGUCCAUGGAAAGAACGGGAAAUUGUUGGAACGAUGUGAUGUACAGGUUGCUAUGCUCUGCUCUAGGUGAUAAAUGUUUUAUAAGCCAAUGUCCACACCAGAUGAUGAGUUUCUUAAAUUAGAUGAUACUGAAUUUGUAUCUAGAACUAUAUUUUAUGCUUUUCCGUGGGAUGAAACUACCUUCACCUGUGUGUGAGUUUUGCUGCAACUUAGACAUGCACAGUUCAAAACAGAAUGCAUCCUUGUGAAGACUUCAUGAGAAGUCCCAAAUUAGAAAGGAAGGCACAUACAUAUUCAGUUCUUAAAAAUGUAAAAUCACAAGUAAAAGGAACUUCCUGUAAGCCAUUUUAUUUGCCUGCCUAGGUCUUUCACAUAAAUUGUUUAAUACUCUAAACAUGGUUGGAUUUGACCUUUUCAUUGAUUGAUUGUGACACUCGGGAUUCUGUAUGUGCGUUAAUGCUAGCUUGUCCUAGACUCAGCAUUAUUAGAUGAUUUCAGCUGGAGUUUGUGAAAAUGGGUAGGACUGGGUUUGUCCAGGAAAGCUAUAAGGACCAAACAUGUAAGGGAAAAUUCGGAAUUCCACUUUCUGUUAGUUAAUGAAAGACUUUACUUAUUAAAAAAGGCAAGCUUUAUAUUUUCCUUGCAAAGGAAGCAUACAUUGAUUUCUCCAUUUGUAUAGAUUCAUUUAGAUAUUUUCUCCUUUUUUUUUUUUAAGUUUUAAAGUUAAAGACAUUUUUACUCUGAUUUUUUAAAACUCAUGAUAAUGGUUAUUAACCAAAAUCCUAUUUUACAUUUUAAUGACAUGCUGCUUCCUAAGCCCAGAAUGUAUGGUAUUAAGCAGAAACCUAUUAUAACUUAAAAAAAAAAUCCAACUGCUGCACAGGAUAGAGUGGACUUAACAUGCCUUUUUUUUUUUUUUAGUAUUUUUUUUUCCUGAUGUUUACACUUUAGAAUAGAAUACUUAGCCAACAUUACCUUUUCAGAGUAGAUUAAGGUUUUACUGAGGACCUGUGUGCCAAGUACUAUGCAUGUCCAUAUGCUGGCCGGUCAUCUUGGACAUCUGGAUACUGAGGACGGCAUGUCGGUCACGGAUCCGUAAGUGGAUGCGCCCUGUGCCGACCUGCCUUCCGGUCUCACUGAAAAUGCACCACCGCGUGGGUCCUGUGUUCCCUGAAAUGUUUGAAGGAAACGAGCGCUCAGCCAUGAACAGCUUUUGGCUUCUCGGAAGCCGCUCGUUGCCCAGGUCAGGGAGAGGGUGUCUGCUGGCCGUCGCGGGUGCCCGCCCCAGGCGAGCAGUUGACGCCUUCCCACUUAGCUAGCUGGCUUCUGGACCUGCGUUGUUAACCUGAAGGUACUUAACUAGUUGUCUGUUACCCUAUAGUAUGACUCAUUAGAUGACCAGCCAUCUUGACGUCAGUCAGGAGAGGAAUAAACUGCUGAUUCUUCCAGGAGUUUGCAGCCUUUGUUGUCUAAGAUGUCCUACUUUCAGUUCUUUUUGUGUGCUGGGGAACAGCAUGUAUAUAUUGCUUUGGUUUUCAGAAUUUUCUUUUUUAAACAUAGGCGGCCUUUAAAGGAAACAUUUGCAUGUGACCUCAGUGUAUUGGAAGAUGGAAGUAGAGGUUCUCGUUUGAAGCUGGGGCGGGGUCCAGGGGUCCAGGGCUCACUGGGCCCCCUCCUCAGUCUCCUGAACCCGAUCCUGGUGCACCGUGGUCGUCUGCACAGGGUACCUGGGGACCACUGGUCAUAAGCAUUCAUUGCUUUCAUCGGCCAAAUCAGCGUUCUGUCACCACUGUCAUUGAUUUGGUCUUCAUAAUUUUAUAUUCUGAUUUUAACCAGAAUUGUUCCCUUUUGAAAAUUAAUUUUAUAUUAUGCAUUCUUGAUUUGCUUCAUCAGUAAGUGCUAUUAUUCAUAAGACCUGUGAUUCCAGUAGAUUGGGGGAAUUGAUACCUUUUUGCAGUUUUGAAUAAAAGCAUUUAUAAUUUCUAAAUUAUCAUUUAUAAAAUUCUUAUAGCUUCAACAUUUUACGUCAUCACAUGCUGAUUUAGUAUUGUUUUAUAUUAAAAUAGUCCUUUUCCCUACUGUGCUACCAUUCAUUCAAGUGCCAUUAAAGUCCUUAAAAUGCAUUUAAAGAAAAAAAUAGCCAAGUUGACUUUCACAUCUCAUACAAACAGAUAUAUUGCAAACAUAUAUGAGGGUGACUGUACCUUGAGUGGAUGUAAUAUUUCUCACAUCUGCCUGUACUGAGAGAAUAGCAAUUAGCAUGGUCAUGUCACCUUGUACUUGGAAUUGAAAAUUUUAAGAUCAGAAAAAUUUAAAGUCAGAUCAGGGAUAUACAGCUGUCUACUUUGGUAGUGCCUUAGGCAGCCUUUCCAGAGUAAAUUCAGGGCCCCCUUGUUGCCUAUGCCUUAUUUAACAUACUUUGCCAAAUUAAUUGUGUAAACUUUCUGGAAAAUCAUCUUCAAUAAAAUAUCUCCUAGUCUCUUUAUAUGUGUGGUUGGUAGUCAUGGAAGUGAUACAUACGGUAAACCAGAAGUUUGGUUGAAAUCUCGAGAGACUGUUUUGUGGUUUUAUGUCAUAUUUGAUAAUAAGUGUGUAAGUUACUAAUAUAUGAAUUGAUGUUAAGUAUAUCUUCCAUUUGGAUAAAGUCAUUUCUUGAUGUGUUACAAUAGUACCUUGUUUUUAUUUUUGUUCUUUCUUCAAAUGAUAUUCGUCAAAAAGUUAGAAAUAAAGUUAGUGUUUUAAUCA